AUGGCACAAGAUCCUCUAGAAUGGUUGGAUGAAGCUUUCCUGGCUUCAGCUCUACAAGGAGAAGAUGAUGGCAAAGUAACCAUUGUCAAGUUCUCUGCCACUCCAGCAGUAGCAAAAGGCAAUAACUACAUGAGUCAUCUGUACAGGGUCAGGGUGCUAUACACAUUAGCAGAGUCAGAUCUCAUAGUCAAUUCUUUCAUCAUUAAGAUACCGAUUCCCAAAAGCGCCUUCACCGAAGUUUUAGACAGUACUGAUUUUUAUGCUAGGGAGCCAAGAAUAUACAAAGAACUCUUACCGAUAUUCAACAAAUUGGUCAGUUGUGAGUUUGGUCCAACGUUCUUUCACUGCCCAAUAAAAGAUGGAAUGGUCCUGAAAGACAUGAAAGAAGAAGGUUACAUCAUGUGUGACAAGUUCAAACAGCUGGAUUUCUCUCAUUGCAAGCUUGUUUUCACAAAAUUGGCAAAGUUCCAUGCGUCAUCUGUUGCAUGUUAUCACAAAAAUCCCGAUUUGGUCAGAGAACUCGGGGAAGAUACAAUGUACACGACCAAAAGUGAACUUUUUGUACCUUUCACCAAAACUUCUUUGAAGUGUUUCGGGAAAGUUCUGAGUGAAAUGGAUGGGUGUGAACGUAUUGUCGAGUGGUUAACGAGUAGAAAGGAAGACUUUAUAAAAUCCAUAGCAGACAUAUGCCAGCCGAAGUCAAACGGACUGAACGUUCUAAACCAUGGGGACCUGUGGGUCAACAACAUGUUGUUCAAGCACUCCGAUUCUGGAGAAGUGGAAGAUGUCAAAUUUAUUGAUUAUCAACUCACUAGAUGGAGCUCACCUGUGCAAGAUUUGCUCUACUUUGUAUGGACCAGUGCAAAUGAGGAAGUGCGAGAAACCAGACAGAAGGAACUUUACUCUUUCUACCGGCAUACUCUCAAUUCCAGCCUAGAACAACUGGGCUGUCCUGAGCGCCUUUCUGAACAAGAGUUGGAGGACGAUCUUCGAGCAGCCGUUGGCUAUGUUCUAAUCACCAUAAGCGGAGCUCUUCCAUUUAUGUACAGUGAAAGUGAUGAUGCAUUCAAUAUGGAAGAAUUAUCAGCAGAUGAUAUGAAAACCUUUGACAAGAUUGAACCUUUAUAUAGCAAGAAAAGGUACACAGAAAUCCUUCCCAAGAUGAUGAAACAGUUUCAAGACUUGAUUGACUCCUAA